AUGGAGGUCUCGUCACCACCGGCGUCGGGGCUCGUCUCCAACGGCCUCUCGUCGCCGGCCCCUUUCCCGACCAUCGAGCCGGAGCGCGUGCUGGAUCACCUCGUCGCCGUCUGCGUGGUCGCCCUCGGUGCGAGCAAGGAGGAGCUUGAGCAACCAGGCAGCCUGCUGCACAGCUCUCGACACCCCGAGACGCUAGCUCGCUGCACGCGAUUUGCCAACGACAACCAAAACGUGCUCUACAUUCAAAAGGACAUUGCUGCGUCUUCCGCCGUUGAUGCUGGAAGCGACGUUGCCGUCCCCUCGUCAUUCCACUACACACUUACGACCGAAAUCUUGUCGUCUGCCACGACCGUCGCGUCUCUCGUCCUGCUAAAAUCACCACAGCCCAUCGACCCGAUUCGAUCGCUCACAUCCCAAAUAUUCAUCACCAACUUGCCCGGACCGGCUGCCCUCAAUGCUGUCGUCGGAGAGCAGGGCACCAGUAUUUCUCCGUGGGAGGUGCUACAUUCGCAGGUGCACCACGCUUUGGUCCCGUACUUUGACGCCAACACUAAGAGCCAGCAAGCUGCCAACGGGCUGCGUGGCCGCGCUGAUGUCGACGCAAAGACCGGGAUCCCCGUCACCAAGAAGAGGCUCAACGAUCUGGAGCUCAGCCUGCUCCAUCUCCAGCAGAACGUCGAUAUACCCGAAAUCUCUUUAACUUUUCACUCCAUGGUCCAGAGCGCGCUCGAAGAAGCCGACGCUCGCCAUGGCCGACCGUCCAUCGAUUCUAUACCACCGACGCUCCUCCAAGACAGCUCGUUCCUCAACCGCUUGCAGGCCAAUGUCAACACAUGGAUUAAGUCCAUUCAGGGCGUUACCAAGAUGACCAAGGACCCGUCAUCCCCCACCAACCAAGAGUUCAGCACCGCAAGCCAGGAAGUCAACUUUUGGUUGUCCAUGGAGUCGGCUUUGGAGGGCAUCGAGGGACAGCUUCGCAGCGAGGGUGUAUUGCUGACCCUGGAGAUUCUCAAGCACGCCAAGCGUUUCCAAGCGACUGUCAGUUUUACGGCCGAUACUGGUCUCAAGGAAGCCAUGGAAAAGGUGCAAAAGUACAACCAGCUCAUGCGAGACUUCCCACUAGAUGAGCUGCUGUCUGCGACGUCCCUACCCAAGGUCCAGGAAGCCAUUUCUCAAAUCUUCAAUCAUCUCAACAAGAAGCUGAGAAUUUGCCCAUACCCGAUCCGCAGAGCGCUGCCGCUGGUCGAAGCCAUCUCUGCCGAUUUGGAUGAUGUACUCCACCGACUGCUUCCCGGUACGGAGCUGGUCAACCUCGACUACCAGCAGUUCCAGACGAUUAUGCGCACGUGCGACGACAUCUUUCACACGUGGGAGGACAACAUCAAGGAAUUCACUAAUGUCGCUCGUGAAGUGACACGUCGCAGAAACGAAAAGUUCAUUCCUAUCAAGAUAAACAAGAAGCAUUCGGAACUUGAGUCACGCAUCAAAUAUGUUAGCACCUUUCGUGAUAACCACGAGCAGCUCCAGCGCACUAUUGUCAAUGUCCUUGGCCCCAAUGCUACCAUCACCGGAACUACGGAGACAACUACUACAAACGGCAUUGUGAUGGAGGAAAUGGGUGACGUUGACGCCGUCGAGGAGGUGCAGCAAGCUUGGGAAGCCCUGCAGAAUGUUGACCUCUUGGACGUUACCGAGCAAGGCAAGGAACGCUGGGUCCUGGCAGAGAACCUUUACAAUGAGCGCACGACAAGAGUAGAAAACUCUAUUAUUGCGCGCCUUCGUGAUCGCCUCGCCACUGCCAAGACGGCCAACGAAAUGUUCCGCGUUUUCUCCAAGUUCAACGCUCUUUUUGUGCGUCCCAAGAUUCGUGGCGCUAUCCAGGAGUACCAGAACCAGCUUAUGGACCAUGUCAAACAAGCCAUCAACGGUCUCCACGAGAGAUUCAAGCAGCAAUACGGCCACUCGGAAGCCCACGCAAUGGCUCAACUGCGCGACCUGCCCCCCGUAUCUGGUGCCAUUAUUUGGGCUCGCCAGAUUGAAUUCCAGCUAGAUGGCUACAUGCGCAAGGUAGAGGCUGUUCUUGGUCCUGACUGGACUAUCCAUGCUGAAGGCCACAAGCUUCAGGAGGAGAGUGAGCUGUUCAAGCACAAGCUCGAUACUGGUCGCAUCUACGAGGCAUGGCUUGCAGAUGUCGGUCGUCGCAAGAUCUCCAUCUCUGGCCAGCUAUUUGACAUCGCUCGCGUCCGAUCCGCUGGCGGCAUCUUGGAGCUUGCUGUCAACUUUGACCCUCAAAUUAUUACUCUCUUCAAAGAGACUCGAAAUCUGACGUGGCAGUCCUACUCUGUCCCGCACGCUGUCACCACUGUGUCCAAGGAUGCCAAGCGUGUCUACCCCUACGCUGUCAGUCUCAUGGAGAGCGUCAGAACCCUGUCCCAGACGCUUCGUCAAAUAUCUGUCAUGGGCGAGGAGUCUGUUCUGCUCAAUGGCUAUCGCAACGACGUCUAUAAGCUCAUUGCUGACGGUGUCCCUCUGCGAUGGGAGUCUUUCAUAAACUCCCAUGAACUCUUCUACACAGAUCAGCGGCAGACGAGAGCACUGCUACCUGGCGCCAACGACUACGGCCUGUCGAAGAACACGGAAAGUAAGCACGGCAUGUUUAUUCGUGGAUUUGCGGCAGCAGUCUCUGUGCUACAAACGAAGGCCGUUGCUUUGAGCUACAUUCACACCACAGUCGAACAGGCUCUGAAAGAGCUUGGCUCGUGCGACUAUGACUCUUCUGCCUUCCAGUCGAGACUUGACACUAUCCAGGCUGCCGUCGAUCAGCUGAACCUGGAGCAAUAUGUCAACCUCGAAUUCUGGGUGCGUGAUCUGAAUAAGAAAAUCCAGGCUGCACUGCUCGACCGUCUGCACACCGCCAUUCAAUCGUGGAUUGCUGCGUUUGAAGACGAGACAUCCGAGGGCACCCGUCGCAAAGUUACAUCUGAAGAUGAGCUCAAGCCUGCAGGACCAACAAUGAAACGCCUCGUUCUGGAAGUAGCCAUGCGCAAUCAGGUCAUCUAUCUCGACCCCCCCAUGGAGUACGCCAGAGCUAGCUGGUUCUUGCACUUGCACAAGUGGCUCGGCAUUGUAUGCAAUCUUCGUAAGAUCAAGGCUGCUCGCUACCAGAUGAGCCUCAACACUACCAUCACUGACGAGCCUCGCUUCACUCAUCUGCCUACUGAGUGUGCGGAUACACUCCAACGUGUCUACGUCUCUGUCGAAAAGAAGCUACAAGAAAUCAGCGCCUACGUGGACAAGUGGCUGCAGUUCCAGUCGCUCUGGGAUCUUCAGUCUGAGCAAGUUUAUGACAUGCUUGGUGAUCAUCUCCCACGCUGGCUAGAGUGCUUGCAAGAUAUCCGAAAGGUGCGCACCACCUUUGACACCCAGGAAGUCAGCCGCUCAUUUGGCCACCUUACCGUUGAUUACGACCAAGUGCAAACCAAAGUCAACGCCAAGUAUGAUCAGUGGCAACAGGAAAUUCUAAUCAAGUUUGCUGGCCGUCUUGGAACUCGCAUGCGCGAAGUCAAUGCCGAUAUUGAAAAGGCUCGCAAGAGUCUUGAAAGUCAGAGCUCCGACACCUCAUCCACAGCACAGGCGGUUCAAUUCAUCACUGCCGUUCAGACCUGCAAGAGAAACGUGAAGCUGUGGGCUCCGGAGAUUGACAUGUUCCGCCAAGGUCAGUCUACGCUUGUUCGCCAACGGUAUCACUUCCCCAACGACUGGCUACACAUUGAACAAAUCGACAGUCAGUGGGAAGCUCUGAAGGAGAUUCUCGAAAAGAAAUCUCGCGUUAUGGAGGAGCAGUCAGAUGCCAUGCGGGCCAACAUUAUUGCCCAAGACAAGCUUGUCAGUGGACGCAUCGCAGAGAUUGUGGCCCAAUGGAACGAGGACAAGCCCGUCUCUGGCACAAUUCAACCGGAUAUUGCUUCUGCGACGCUGAGCGGCUUCGAGACUCGUAUUUCCGCCAUCCAAGAGGACCUGCAACAAGUCAUUAAAGCCAAGGAAGCCCUCGACCUGCCUGGAGGCGCAGACAAUUCACUUGAGGCUACCUUGGAAGAAGUACGCGACUUUCAGUCUGUCUGGUCCAACUUGUCCACAAUCUGGGCCAACUUGAACGAAACUCGAGACAUUCUUUGGACAGCUGUUCAGCCCCGCAAGAUCCGUUCGAAGGUGGACGACCUCAUCAAGAGCACCAAGGAAAUGCCCAGUAGAAUGCGCCAAUACGCUGCAUUUGAACAUGUCCAGGGCAUCCUUCGUGGAUUCCUCAAAGUCAAUCCCAUUCUAUCCGACCUCAAGUCUGAUGCCAUCCGCGAGCGUCAUUGGCACAAGAUCUACAAGCAGAUUAAGCCGCAGAAGCGCUUUUCUCCUAGCUCCAUGACGCUCGGUGAUGUUUGGGACCUGAAUCUGGUUGCCACUGAAGUCAUUGUCAAAGACAUUAUUACCCAAGCCCAGGGUGAAAUGGCCCUCGAAGAAUUCCUCAAGCAGGUCCGUGAGACCUGGCAAAACUAUGCUCUGGAAAUGGUCAAUUACCAGAACAAAUGCCGGCUCAUCCGCGGCUGGGACGAUUUGUUCGCCAAGUGCAGUGAGAACCUGAACUCUCUGCAGGCCAUGAAGCACUCGCCCUACUACAAGGAAUUUGAGGAGGAAGCUGUCUCCUGGGAAGACAAACUGAACCGAGUCCACGUUCUCUUUGACGUCUGGAUUGACGUACAGCGACAGUGGGUCUAUCUCGAGGGUGUCUUUACUGGCAAUGCCGACAUAAAACAUCUCCUUCCUAUUGAGUCUGGCCGCUUCCAAAACAUCAACAGCGAAUUCCUGGCUGUUAUGAAGAAGGCCAACAAGACUCCUUACGUGCUCGAUGUUCUUAACAUCCCCAAUGCUCAAAAGUCUCUGGAGCGUCUGGCCGAGAUGUUGAACAAGAUCCAGAAGGCUCUCGGUGAAUACCUUGAGAAGGAACGUGUAUCCUUCCCUCGAUUCUACUUUGUCGGCGACGAAGACCUUCUUGAGAUGAUUGGUAACAGCAACGAUACUCUCCGUAUUGCCAAACACUUCAAGAAGAUGUUUGCAGGUCUUUCCGGCCUCAUCAUGGACGACGAGACAAUCAUUUCCGGAUAUACCUCCAAGGAAGGCGAAGUCGUCAUGCUGAAGAAGGAAAUUUCCCUGGCACAGACGCCACGCAUCAACGACUGGCUUGCUUUGCUUGAGAGUGGCAUGAAGACUAGCCUCGCUGAACUCCUUGCAGAGGCUGUUGAACAGUAUAAUCCCAUCUUCCAGACCGGCACGAUUGACACCACCGCACUCCGCCAGUAUAUGGAAGUUUUCCCCAGCCAGAUCGUGGUUCUCGCUUCUCAGGCUGUCUGGACGACUGCUGUUGAAGAAUCUCUUACCAAUGGCGGCCAGACUCUCCAAGAGCUCUUUGAACGAGAGGUUCAAAUUCUGCGUGUGCUUGCCGACACCGUUCUUGAGGAGCUGCCCGUUAUCCUCCGCAAGAAGUGCGAACAGAUGAUCACCGAGUGCGUCCAUCAGCGAGACGUGAUUGAGAAAUUGGUGGCCGCCAACGCGGAUUCACCUACACACUACCUCUGGCAGCUGCAGAUGCGCUACGUUUACUCACCCCAGGGCCCUGCCAUUGAUCGCCUGCACAUCCUGAUGGCCAAUGCUAAGCUCAACUACGGCUUCGAGUAUCUCGGUGUCCCCGAACGCCUUGUGCGCACACCUCUUACGGACCGAUGCUUUUUGACGCUGACACAGGCCCUUUGCCAACGUCUUGGUGGUUCCCCUUACGGACCUGCCGGUACUGGUAAAACCGAAUCCGUCAAGGCACUUGGUGUGCAGCUCGGAAGAUUCACUCUCGUUUUCUGCUGUGACGACACUUUUGAUUUCCAGGCCAUGGGUCGUAUCUUCCUCGGUAUCUGCCAGGUCGGCGCUUGGGGUUGCUUUGACGAGUUCAACCGUCUCGAGGAGCGUAUCCUGUCUGCCGUUUCGCAGCAGAUUCAGAACAUUCAGCUUGGCCUGAAACGCGGUGGUGAGAAUGAUGACACACAGAUCGACCUUAUUGGACGUCAACUGCGCGUUAAUGAGAACACGGGUAUCUUCAUCACCAUGAACCCUGGCUAUGCAGGCCGUUCCAACCUGCCCGACAACUUGAAGAAGCUCUUCCGCAGUGUUGCCAUGUCGAAGCCUGACAAGGAGCUCAUCGCCGAAGUCAUGCUUUACUCUCAGGGUUUCAACCAAGCCAAGAAGCUUUCCAAGCAAGCUGUUCCGUUCUUCGACAUGUGCUCCAAGCAGCUCUCCAAGCAGGCUCAUUACGAUUUUGGACUGCGUGCGCUCAAAAGUGUUUUGGUCAGCUCUGGUGGUCUCAAGCGCGCUCGUCUCACCGACGGCAAUCUUGGUGCAGAAGAACUUGUCGAGCCCGAAAUUAUUGUGCAGAGUGUCCGUGAAACAAUCGCCCCCAAGCUAAUCAAGUCUGAUGUCGAUAUUAUGACAGGCAUCGAAGGCGAGUGCUUUCCCGGCGUUCAAUAUGUGCCGGCGAACUUGCAUGCUCUCGAGGAGGCUAUUCGUGCGAUUGCGGCCGAGAGACAUUUGGUCGUUACUGAUAUAUGGAUGACCAAGAUCCUCCAGCUAUACCAGAUUCAAAAUAUCCACCACGGUGUCAUGAUGGUUGGAAACUCUGGUAGCGGAAAGUCGGCCGCUUGGAGACUGCUGCUCGACGCUCUUCAACGCGUCGAGGGCACCGAAGGUGUUUCUCACGUCAUCGACUCCAAGGUCAUGUCAAAGGAAGCCCUCUAUGGUAACCUCGACUCCACCACUCGUGAGUGGACUGACGGUCUCUUUACGAGCAUUCUGCGAAAGAUUGUCGAUAACCUGCGUGGUGAGGAUUCCAAACGCCACUGGAUCGUCUUUGAUGGUGACGUCGAUCCCGAAUGGGUUGAAAACCUGAACAGUGUUCUCGACGACAACAAGCUGCUCACCCUGCCUAAUGGUGAGCGUCUGAACCUGCCCUCCAACGUCCGCAUCAUGUUUGAAGUUGAGACCCUCAAGUACGCCACUCUGGCUACUGUCUCUCGUUGCGGUAUGGUUUGGUUCAGCGAAGAAACUGUUACGCCCAACAUGGUCAUCACGCACUAUCUCGAGUCGCUGCGCAACGUGCCGUUUGAGGAUCUUGAUGAAGACAGUGUCGCCACUGGCCAGAGCGCUGCCAAGACACUCGCAGUGCAGAGCCAGGCUGCGGACCUUCUUCAGGGCUAUCUCGAAGGCGAUGACUUUGUCAUGCAAGCCCUUGAAAAGGCUGAAAAGUAUAACCACAUCAUGGAGUUUACCGUUGCUCGUGUGCUCACCACGCUGUUCUCUCUUCUCAACAAGGCUGUUCGCGACACGAUUGAGUACAAUGGCCAGCACUCUGACUUCCCUCUGGAAUUGGAGCAAGUCGAGGCUUUCCUGCCCAAGAGACUACUACUCGCUCUUGUCUGGGCCUUUACUGGUGACUGCCCGCUUGGUGACCGCAAAGCCUUUGGCGAUGAGAUUUGCGCCUUUGCCAACUUUGGCUCCCCGCCUCUGGACGGUUCCAGCUCACUCAUUGACUUCGAUGUCAAUCUGCCCAAGGCCGAGUGGAACCCGUGGCAGACUCAGGUGCCAUCUAUUGAGGUCAACACCCACUCAAUCAUUCAAACUGAUGUUGUCAUUCCUACGCUGGAUACUGUGCGCCACGAAGACGUUUUGUACUCUUGGCUGGCCGAGCACAAGCCUCUCCUGCUGUGCGGUCCUCCCGGUUCCGGUAAAACAAUGACACUCUUCAGUGCCCUUCGCAAGCUGCCCAACAUGGAAGUCGUCGGCCUCAACUUUUCUAGCGCCACUACACCAGACCUCCUGAUCAAGACUUUUGAGCAGUACUGCGAGUACAAGAAGACAUUGAACGGGGUUAUGCUCUCGCCUACGCAGAUUGGACGCUGGCUUGUUGUGUUUUGCGAUGAAAUCAACUUACCUGCCCCUGACAAGUAUGGAACUCAGCGCGCCAUUUCCUUCCUACGUCAGCUUGUUGAGCACAACGGUUUCUGGCGCACAUCGGACAAGUCAUGGGUUACUCUGGACCGAAUUCAAUUCGUUGGAGCUUGUAACCCUCCCACCGACGCCGGCAGAACGCCCAUGGGCGCCAGGUUCCUGCGCCACGCUCCUCUUAUCAUGGUUGACUACCCCGGUGAGCUGUCUCUCAACCAGAUUUACGGCACAUUCAACUCGGCCGUGCUGAAGAUUAUCCCUGCUCUUCGCGGAUAUGCCGAGCCACUCACGCAAUCCAUGGUUCGCUUCUACCUGGAGUCGCAGAAGCGCUUCACGCGCGAGAUCCAGCCACACUACGUAUACAGUCCUCGUGAACUUACUCGCUGGGUGCGUGGUGUCUACGAAGCUAUCAAGCCGCUCGAGACGCUGUCAAUUGAAGGUCUCAUACGCAUCUGGGCUCACGAAGCUCUCCGUUUAUUCCAGGAUCGUCUCGUGGCUGAGGACGAGCGCAAGUGGACUGAGGAUUCAGUUCGCAAGAUUGCUUUACAAUAUUUCCCUACCAUUGACGAGGAAAAGGCCCUUGGAGGACCGAUCCUAUUCUCUAACUGGCUGUCAAAGAAUUACAUCCCCGUUGAUCGCGAGCAAUUGCGAGAAUUCGUCAAGGCCCGUCUCAAGACUUUCUGCGAGGAAGAGGUUGAUGUUCCUCUCAUCCUCUUCAACGACGUGCUGGAGCAUGUGUUGCGCAUUGACCGUGUGUUCCGCCAGCCUCAGGGUCACUUGAUUCUGAUUGGUGUCAGCGGUUCCGGAAAGACGACCCUUUCCCGCUUCGUCGCCUGGAUGAACGGUCUCAAGGUGUUCCAGAUCAAGGUCCAUGGCAAGUAUUCCGCCGAAGACUUUGACGAUGAUUUGCGUGAGGUCCUGCGCCGCUGCGGCUGCAAGGGUGAAAAGAUUUGCUUCAUCAUGGAUGAGUCCAACGUCUUGGAUUCUGGCUUCCUCGAGCGUAUGAACACUCUGCUUGCCAACGCCGAAGUCCCUGGUCUAUUUGAAGGCGACGAAUAUGCAGCCCUGAUGACUGCGUGCAAGGAAGGUGCGCAACGCCAGAACUUGCACCUGGACUCCCCGGAAGAACUGUACAAGUGGUUCACGCAGCAGAUUGUAAACAACCUGCACGUUGUCUUCACCAUGAACCCACCGGAGGAUGGUCUCUCUUCCAAGGCUGCUACCAGUCCCGCCUUGUUCAACCGUUGCGUGCUCAACUGGUUUGGAGACUGGAGCGACCAAGCACUGUUCCAGGUUGGCCACGAACUUACCCAGUCUAUUGACCUGGAUAAGAGCAGCUGGUCCGCACCUGAUACUGUGCCUGUUGCUUAUCGCGGCCUCGUCCUGCCGCCCUCUCACCGCGAGACCAUUGUCAACUCUAUGGUGUACAUCCACUACUCACUCGCGAGAUACAACGAGAAGCUGUACAAACAACAGAAGAAGAUCACUUUCCUUACCCCACGUCACUUCCUGGACUUUGUGGGCCAAUAUGUCAAAUUGUACACUGAGAAGCGUGAAGAUUUGGAGGAACAGCAACGCCAUCUGAAUGUUGGUCUCGAGAAGCUGAGAGACACUGUCGACAAGGUGCGCGACCUUCGAGUCAGCCUGGCUGAGAAGAAAGCGCAGCUUGAGCAGAAGGAUGCCGAGGCGAACGAAAAGCUGCAGCGCAUGGUUGCUGACCAGCGCGAGGCAGAACAGAGGAAGAAUACGUCGUUGGAGAUUCAGGCUUCUUUGGAGAAGCAGGAGGCGGAAGUGGCGUCGCGAAAGAAGGUUGUGUUGGAGGAUCUCGACAAGGCCGAGCCCGCCGUCGAGGAGGCCAGGGCCAGUGUCAGCAACAUCAAGCGUCAGCACCUGACUGAAGUUCGAUCCAUGGGUAAUCCGCCGCAGGGUGUCAGACUUGCGCUGGAUGCCGUCUGCACGCUGCUUGGCCACAGAAUCAAUGACUGGAAGGCUGUCCAGGCCAUUAUUCGCAAGGACGACUUUAUUGCCAGCAUUCUCAUGUUUGACAAUGGCAAGCAAAUGACCAAGACGCUGCGAAACAAGAUACGCAACGAAUUCUUGUCCCUUCCCGACUUUACCUUUGAAAAGGUCAACCGCGCCUCCAAGGCGUGCGGUCCCCUCGUCCAAUGGGUCACUGCUCAGGUCAACUACUCGGAUAUUCUCGACCGCGUUGGCCCCCUAAAGGAGGAAGUUACGCAGCUUGAGGAGCAGGCUCUGCAGACGAAGGCCAACGCCAAGGCUGUUGAGAACAAUAUUGCAGAGCUUGAGUCCAGCAUCAACACUUACAAGACCGAAUAUGCUGCACUUAUCAGCGAGACCCAAGCGAUCAAGUCGGAAAUGUCCAAAGUCCAGUUCAAGGUCGACCGCAGUGUCCGCCUGCUGGAUAGCCUCUCCUCGGAACGUACCCGAUGGGAGGAAGGUAGCAAGUCUUUUGAAACCCAAAUCAGCACCUUGGUCGGCGACGUUCUGGUUGCUGCCGCCUUCCUUGCGUACAGUGGUCUGUACGACCAGCAAUUCAGAAAGUCCAUGAUGGAUGACUGGCUCCACCAGCUCUAUCUCUCUGGCAUCCAGUACAAGUCGCCUAACCCCGUCACCGAGUACCUGUCAAGUGCCGAUGAGCGCCUGGGCUGGCAAGAAAACUCACUGCCAGUGGAUGACCUUUGCACCGAAAACGCAAUCAUCCUCAAGCGUUUCAACCGUUAUCCGUUGAUCAUUGACCCCUCUGGCAGAGUUACGGAAUUCCUGCAGAAGGAGUGCAAGGAUCGGCGCUUGACCGUAACCAGCUUCCUGGAUGACACGUUUACGAAGCAACUUGAAUCCUCGCUUCGUUUCGGUAACCCCAUCUUGAUUCAGGAUGCCGAGCACCUUGACCCAAUUUUGAACCAUGUUCUCAACAAGGAAUACCAGCGCACUGGUGGUCGUGUCCUUAUCCAGCUUGGUAAGCAGGAAAUUGAUUUCUCGCCAGCCUUUAAGCUGUAUCUCUCGACCCGGGAUCCAUCAGCCACUUUUGCUCCCGAUAUUUGCAGUCGUACCACCUUUGUCAACUUCACCGUCACGCAAAGCAGUUUGCAGACGCAAUCGCUCAACGACGUCCUCAAGUCGGAGCGUCCUGACGUGGACGAGCGACGUUCCAACCUCAUCAAGCUGCAGGGCGAAUUCAAGGUCCAUCUGCGACAGCUGGAGAAGCAGCUCUUGCAGGCCCUCAACGAGUCGCGCGGUAACAUUUUGGACGACGACAACGUCAUUGAGACGCUAGAGACGCUCAAGAGAGAGGCGGCCGAAAUAUCUGCCAAGAUGAGCAACACGGAAGGCGUCAUGGCUGAAGUGGAAGAGAUUACGCAGCAAUACAGCGUCAUUGCCCGAGCCUGCAGUGCUGUUUUCGCUGUGCUCGAGAACCUUCACUACCUCAAUCACUUUUACCAGUUCUCGCUACAGUACUUUUUGGACAUUUUCCAGUCUGUGCUGCACAACAACCAGAGUCUGGCCAAUGUGACCAAUCACAACGACCGUCGGGACAUUAUUGUCAAGGAAUUGUUCAUCAACACCUUCAAACGCACAGCUCUCGGGUUGCUGCAAAAGGACCGUGUUGCGCUGGCUCUGUUGCUUGCACAAGCGACGCCGUACAAAAUGGACAAAUCUCUUCUUGACAUGGUGCUGGACAAGAGAUUCGAAGGGCGCGAUCUGUCUUCGAACCCCGAGGCGAGAGACGAAGCCAUGGCCGAAGCGAGAAAGAUUGGCGCGCUGAAGGAGUUGCUCGAUGAAGUUGCCACGUCCGGCUGGGAUAAGUUCUUCACCGAGGAGCUUGCCGAGAAUGCUGUACCCAAAAUCUGGAGCGACAGUGCCAAUGCCAUGGACCAAGCCCUGCUUGCGCUCCUGCUGGUCAAGUGCUUCCGAAUGGAUCGUUUUGUGCCUGCGGCUGAGCGCUUUGUCUCACAAGUCUUUGGAGCCGAAACAUUCGAUAUUGUGGAAGAUCUCAAGAAUACGGCCAUGCAAGUGUCUGCUACGCUGCCGGUUGCUCUUGUGUCUACGCCUGGUUUCGAUGCUAGUUACAAGGUGGACAAUCUGGUGGAGAGAGUCAAGGUCAAGUGCACCAACAUUGCCAUGGGAUCCAAUGAAGGACUGGCGAGCGCCGACAAGGCCAUAACGAGUGCGGCAGAGACGGGAUCAUGGGUCCUCGUCAAGAAUGUUCAUUUGGCGCCCACGUGGCUACAGAGCCUGGAGAAGCGCAUGGACUCACUAAACCCGCACAAGGAAUUCCGUCUCUUCCUAUCCAUGGAAUCGAGCCCCAAGAUUCCGGUCAACCUGCUCCGUGCGUCGCGCGUGCUCAUGUACGAGCAGCCUGCAGGUGUUCGUGCCAAUAUGAAGGACUCGAUGUCGUCCCUGUCGACGCGAGCCACGAAGAGCCCGGUGGAGAGGUCGCGUCUUUACCUGCUCAUCUCGUUUUUGCACGCCGUUGUGCAGGAGAGGUUGCGAUAUGCGCCUACCCUUGGGUGGAAGGGUUUCUGGGAGUUCAACGACAGCGACUACGAAUGCUCUGCUUUCAUUAUUGAUACUUGGCUGGACACUGUGGCUGGCAACCGCACCAACAUUGCGCCACAGAACAUCCCGUGGGACAUGAUUCGGUACCUUGUGACGGAGACGUAUGGUGGCAAGGUGGAUGACGAGGGCGACUUUGGUAUGCUGCGACAGCUGGUGCACCAGAUGCUGACGCCUGCGGCGUACGAUGUGGACCACAAGCUUGUGGAGGGACCAGAUGGCGGACUGACGGUGCCAUCAGGCACGAGCCUGGAGGACUUUGUGGCUUGGGUGCACAAUCUGCCUGAGCGUGAGCCGCCGACGUACCUGGGCCUGCCGGCGAAUGCAGAGAAGCUGCUGCUGGGCGGGCUGGGACGCAGCUUAGUUGAGAAUGUGCGAAGCGUGACGGAGAUUUUGGAUGAGGGAGAGCAGCUGAUGGCUGAUGGCUGA